AUGGACGCCGUCGGAAGAUCUUCUUCCGUCCAGCGCCACUUUACUCGCUUCCUCUCUCUAUCCUCUCCAUCGCGCAUGGGUGGUGCUGACAAUGGUGUUGCUCACGAUUAUGGUGAGAUGGUGGUGGUGGUGUUGACGUCAACAGUGCAAGUGGUGGUGGUGCAGACGACGACAGCAUUGCGGGAGUCAUUUCUCAUGAAGGAGAAUCAGAGGAAAUUAACUAUAAAACCCAAACUUUCAUUCAUUUUCUCCUAUAUACUUUGUUUCAACUUCUGGUCAAGGAAAAGAAAAUUAAUGGGUUUCUGGAGGAAAUAUCGCAUUCUUGGUGCAGGUACCUACGGAACAGUACAUUUAGCAGCAAAGGUCGAUCCUCCUCUUUUAGUUUCUACUGCGGCCGUGAAGUCCGCCGUCUUUCCGUAUUCAAACUGGGUGAAGAAGGAGGGAGAAAUUCUGUUCGAAUUGAGAGGUUGUCGUGAAAUCGUCCAGUGUUUUGGGGAAGAUAUAAGUUUUGAAAACAAUAGAGAGGUCUAUAAUCUUCUCCUCGAAUAUGCUUCCGGUGGAUGCCUCACUGAUCUGAUCAUCAAAACUGGAGGAUAUAUGCCAGAAUCUGUCAUUGCGUGUUACAGUUAUAUGCUGCUCAAGGGCCUCUCUCACGUCCACGAGAAAGGGUUUGUUCAUUGUGACAUCAAACCCGCCAAUAUUCUUGUCUUUCCUAGCCAAGAUGGUUCUUCUUUACACAAUCUCAAGAUAGCAGACUUUGGACAGGCCAAGAAAAUCGGAGAGGAGGUGAAAAUCUUUAAUCCUGGGCGAUCGACUCACAACAGAGGGGCACUGCUCUAUUCGUCUCCAGAAUCGAUAGCUUUGGGGAUUCACAAGCCAGUUACUGAUAUAUGGUCUCUUGGUUGUAUCAUAGUGGAGAUGAUCACAGGGAAACGCAUUUGGUCGACUACUCGGAGUGAUUCAGAAUUGUUUCAGCAGAUUGGAUUUGGUAAUCCAAUACCCGAAAAUAUUUCCGACACCGCGAAAGAUUUCUUGAACAAAUGCUUGGCCAAGAAACACGAACAGAGAUGGACGGCCGACAUGCUAUUGAGUCAUCCAUUUAUUGUCAAGAAUUUGGCAACGUUGCCUCCAAAUUUCGAAGAUCGAGUGAUGUUCUCUCAGAUUAAUCCCUUUUCGACUGGUAUAUGGGCUUCUACAUUGAACCUGUUUACUACUCCACCUAAGCUUCAUCUUCCAUAUCCUCACCAACUUUGUGCAUUACCCCGCAAGAUUAAUCAGAAUGUUGGUGUUCGCUAUCUAUUACCUUAG